CUCAGAGGAGAUGGUUUCCAUCAUGGUGGUCAUCAUGUAUGGCUGGGUUCUUCUACCUUUGCUUACAGCAGGUGAUGCCCCCCGUCCCUGUGUCUUCCCAUUAAUUUACAAGCGCAAGUCCUACUCCUCAUGCACCAAGGAUGGAAGUGAGCAUGGGAAGUUGUGGUGUGCUACAACUGCCAACUAUGACAAGACUCCCCAGUGGAAGCACUGUGCUCUGAGUGAGUAUGGAGGUAAUUCUGGUGGACAAGCCUGUGUCUUCCCUUACGUCUAUAAGGGCCGGACAUACUACACGUGUACCAAUGAAGAUGCGGAAACAGGGAACUUCUGGUGUGCCACAAUGGGGAGCCAUGAUAGAGAUGCGAAAUGGAGCUACUGUGCUGAUACCAGUAGGAUACUUGUGGUGACUCAUUAA